UAAAUGGAAGCCAUUGCUAAGAACCCGCUGAAAUCUCUUUAUCCUUCUUUUUUCCUCUGUUUUUCUGUGGAAGCUUUUUCUUCCUCCGUUUUCAUUCUACCAAAUCAAGAAAUUAUUCUUCUUCUCCUUAUUCUUCUUUAUCACUUUAUCUCUCUUCAUUUCUACAAACCAAUUUUGGACCAUUUCUUCUUCUUGUUCUGCCAUUUGUACCACAUGCUGUGGAAAAGAAAGGAGAAAAAAAAAAACCAUUCUCUUAAAAGGGUUUUCCUUGAAACUUUAAUAAAGGAAUCUUCAUGCAAAAGCUUUUUGAUUCUGAGUUUUUUAUUCUAAUGAAAGCUUCUUUAUUUGUUCCUAUCUCAUACACGUGUAAAAGCUUCAUGCAAAAGCUUCUUUAUUUGUUACCUUAAUAAAGGAAUCUUCAUGCAAAAGCUUCGUUAAUAAAGGAAUCACCAACAAACAAUACACGUGUUUAUCCAAAACAAAAUCAACUUUUCCUUGAUUUGUUCCUAUCUCAUGUUAACUCAACUAACUAACCUACACACUAACUAAUUCUGUUUUACUUGUAAAGCAAGUAACAGCUUUUGCAACAACCAAACUAGGGUCUUCUCAGAUUAGGGGAGCAUAUGUUAGGAGUAUGUAAGCUCACGCGCACGCCUAUGGGCUUGACUGGUUGGGCCUGGCCUUGGCAAGCUUGUUACUUGCGCCUUAAGUAAAGGUUGGCUUGGCUUCACUAUUGUAAACACUAUAUAAUGGGGUCUUCCCAUAGCAUCAAUGCAAGCUAACACAAUUACUCCCUACACAAAAGCUAUUUGAUUCUGAGUUUUUUAUUCUAAUGAAAGCUUCUUUAUUUGUUCUGUUCGAGAUUUAAAGAAACAAAAAAACAAAAAAACAUAACUUGGUUUUCUAGAAUCUAUGUCUUCUGUGCCAGCAAGAACGGGGCGACAAAGACAACGUUAUGAAGACAACCUUCGACUUGUUUCUGGAUGUAUUCCGUAUAGAUGGAGAAAGGAGAAUGCAGAUCAAAUUGGAAAAACCGAGGAAAUGAUAGAAGUACUUAUGAUUUCUUCGCCAAAACGUGACGACCUUGUAUUUCCAAAGGGUGGCUGGGAGAAUGAUGAGACUGUUACAGAAGCCGCUUGUCGUGAAGCUUUAGAAGAAGCAGGAGUUAAAGGAAUACUAAGAGAAACUCCAUUAGGAAUAUGGGAGUUCAGAAGCAAAAGCAGCCAAGACUUGUGUGGCAUGGAAGGAGGCUGCAGAGGAUACAUGUUUGCCUUGGAGGUGACCGAAGAACUCGAGCAUUGGCCUGAGCAGAAAAACCGUGCUCGCCGAUGGUUAAACAUAAAGGAAGCAUUUAGACUCAGCCGAUAUGAUUGGAUGUGUAAUGCACUUGAGGAGUUUACUAAAGUUAUGGCAGAAGACAGGAAGCUUGACAACCAAGACAAUAAUGUUGACCCCCCUUCCGUUCUCGUAACUGUUGACACCAAAAUUAUAAUAUUGGUAAUAUUCAUUUCGACUUGGUGUUAUAAUUUGAAUAGAAGAAAAACUCAUUUCGAUUAGGCAUGGAACGUGAUUUGUCGAAGUUAGCCAUAUUAAGUGGAAUUCGACUAAACUAUUUUGCUGUCGAAGGCUUCAUUUUCAACAAGAAGUGACAUAUGUUUUAAGACAUCGGAAGAAGUCAUUCAAAGAGUCGAAUAUUGACAUGGUUCUUCGAUCAAGCAAACAACUCCUACGAAGAAGUUAUCGGAAGUUAUUCAAAGGGACAUGUGUCAAUCUUAGAUAUAGGAAGUUAUUAAAUAUAAGACACUUGUCAAAAUCUAACAUGUAGGAAGUUAUUUUCUAUUUUCUAUAAAUAGUUGUAAUUUCUAUGUACAAAGGGUUGGAUCUCAUUUUCUAAAAACUCUGCAAUGCCCACGCCACGGAGCAAACGGGUUCAAGGAGUGCAUAGGAAUGGGUUCCAACCACCCUUUACAUUUCAUGCAAUUUAAUAUAUUGCUUUGUUCUUGCUUUA